ACCCAAUUAGAUUACUUAUAAUUCAAUGAUCGACGGUCUGUGUUUGGCAGGUCGGCUGCAAGAAGCGAUUAAACUGUUUGACUUGAUGCUAGAUAGGGGCAUUCAGCCGGAUGUUAUCAAUUGCAAUGUAUUAGUCGAUGGGUAUUGCAAGAAUCGUAAGUUGGAUGAAGAUAUGCAGCUAUUCAAGAAAAUGAAACAAAAUGGAUUAAAACCGACAACAGUUACCUACAGUAUACUAUUAAAGGGACUAUACCAGCAUGGAAGAAUGAAGACUGCUCAGAGAUUUCUUAAUGAGAUGCAAUCUUUUGGUCAAUGUCCAAAUGAAAUUACAUAUGGUACAGUUUUGGAUGGUCUCUGCAAGAAUGGAAAAAUUGUGGAGGCAAUGGAAUUUUUUGAAUCCAUGGAGCGUAACGGUAUCUUACCCAACGUUGAAAUGUACAGUAUUCUUAUUCAUGGUUUCUUUCGAGCUGGCAAGUUGGAAGAUGCAAAGAAACUGUUUGGUGAGAUUCUUAAAAAAGGAUUAGUUCCUGAUACAGUAGCAUAUAACACAAUGAUUGUUGGGCUCUUUCAUUACAGGAUGUUCUGGCAGGCUGAUAAAUUAAUAAUCGAAAUGGAAGAAAAAGGAUGUUUACCAAAUUCUAGAACAUAUGAUAGUAUCAUCAAGAGUUUUCUUGCAGGAAAGGUAACUGAUAAGGCACUGCAAUUUCUUUAUAAGAUGCGUGAAAGAAAAUUUGUACCUACUGAUUCUGUUAUUUCUUUGUUAAUAUACACUCUCUCAACAGAUGAACUGAAAAAACUCUACACUCCCUUGGUUAUAAAAUCUAAUGGAAAUUUCUUUCAGAUGGCAAGUAUUGAGAAGCUAUCAAUACAGGUUUUUUCUUCUACAUUUUUGAUAAUUUCUGUUGCCACCAUAAGCAGUUCUAAGAUUUUCAGCCGAAGGUUGUUCGACGAAAUGACAAAGACGGGUAUUCAACCUAAUGCUUUUACAUGUAAUACUCUUAUGCAUGGGCUUUCUACAACUGGUCAAGUGGGUCUUGCUCUUCAGCUAAAAAACAAGAUGGGGAAAUGGAACUGCGUACCCAAUGUUGUAUCAUAUUCUGCCAUUAUAGAUGCACUUUGCAAAGGAGGUUUAGUAGAUGAAGCUCUGGUUCUCUUCUCCGAAAUGCUUAGUGAUUUGAAUGUUAUACCCAAUGUGGUUGUUUACAAUUCUUUGAUCAACGGACUUUGCAAUCCAGGACGAUUGGAUGAGGCAAAGAGACUCUUUGACAAGAUGGUUAGUAGAGGAAUCUCUGCAGAUGUAACGACUUAUAAUUCUUUGAUUCACGGUCAUUGCCUACAUGGUCAACAGGAAGAAGCAAGAAGAUAUUUUGAUGAAAUGAUGGAUCGAGGGAUUUCACCCAAUACAAUUACUUAUAAUUCAAUGAUCGACGGUCUGUGUUUGGCCGGUCGGCUGCAAGAUGCUGUGAAACUGUUUGAUUCGAUGGUGGAUAGGGGUCUUGAACCAAAUGCGUUCAACUACUCUGUGUUAAUUGAUGGGUAUUGCAAGAAUCAUAAGUUGGAUGAAGCUAUGCAGCUAUUCAAGGAAAUGAAACAAAAUGGCUUACAACCCACAACAGUUACCUACAAUAUACUGUUAAAGGGACUAUACCAGGAUGGAAGAAUGAAGACUGCUCAGAAGUUUCUUAAUGAGAUGCAAUCUUUUGGUCAAUGUCCAGAUGAAGUUACAUACAGUACAAUUUUGGAUGGUCUCUGCAAGAAUGGGAAGAUUGUGGAGGCAAUAGAAUUGUUUGAAUCCUUGGAGGGUAUUGGUAUCUCAGCUGAUAAUUACAUGUACUGCAUCCUUAUCAAAGGUUUGUGUCAGUCUGACAGGUUGACAGAUGCAAGAAAACUGUUUAAUGAGAUUCCAAGUAAAGGAUUGAUUCCUGAUCUGGUAACAUAUUGCGUAAUGUUGGUUGGCCUCUUUCGUAGCAAGAUGUUAAUGGAGGCUAACAAAUUAAUCGUUGAAAUGGAAGAGAAUCUUUGUUUACCAGAUGCUAGAACUUAUGAUAUCAUCAUUAAGGGUUUUCUUGAAGGGAAGGAGAUUGAAAAAGCAUUAAAAUUUCUUCGUAAGAUGCGUGAAAGAACAUUUGCACCUAGUGAUUCUGUUAUUUCGUUGUUAAUAUACACUCUUACAACAGAUGAACAUAAAAAUCUAAAGCUAUUUUGUUCUUGAGGGUAACAACGAAAAUCUAAAUCUCUAUCAAGUGAGCUCAGAUGGAUCUUUAUUUCUUUCAACUUUAUAUUAGUAUUUUUUCUGCUUAUUUCUGGUUUUUACUGUUAUGAUAGUAGUGCUAUAGAUAAGACUUUCUGGAAAACAGCAUAGUAUGGAAUUCUGUUCUUUGGAUUUGGAAUUCUUAUUCAAAAUAUUCUUUGGUAGUGUAAGGUUCCAGGCUUCUGCAGUAGUUAGGGAUGUCGUUUUCCCUAUGACAGGAUGGA